UCUGUGGUUUCGGUGUCCACCUGUUAUUACGCAAACAUUAAUUAGGUAUUCAUUGCUCUUGUUUUCAAUUUAUGUUUCUAUUUGGAAAAAAACAGUUCAACGUUUUCCAAAGAGUUCGUUAUUUUUGAGUUCCCAAAGUUGAUAAAUAAUCCACAAUCGAGUAUUGGUUUUACCUGCAUCUAUUGUAUUGACCGAAGCAUAACAAAAAUAUGGAACUGCUUGAUGUUAUGAAAAGUUUAACCAUUAAAAAUGCGCGUCAAGAAAAUGAUCACAAUUUUUUCAAAUCCAUUGCUGCCAAUGUAGAUGGUGUUUCUACAGAAAUAGUUUAUGCUGAUUACACUGAUAAAAUUAUGCUUAUUGUUUCUCAGUAUCAAAAAAUUGGUAGUAUGUUAAUGAUACAAAAAGACCAAGUGCACAGUCCAUUAGGUACCAAUGAUAUUUAUACAACAAAAGUUAUUUUUGGUGCUUCAGGAGAAGAACAACAAGUAGCUGCAAGACAUCUGGCAGAAGCAAUUGAAAUCAAUAAACCUCUUUGCAUAUUUAUAAACUUGAAGUCAUAUGAUAUAGAAACAGUAAAAGCUUGCAGGGACAUUAUUCUAGAAUUGAAAAAAGAAGAUAAGUAGGCAUGUCGAAGUGUGAAAAUAAAUUUAAAACUGUUCAGAAAUAUUAUGGACAGUUGGUUAUUGGACCACCAGGGGCAGGCAAAACAACAUACUGUAAUGAAAUGUCCAAGGUACUGAGAAAGCUUGACAGAAAAGUGAUAAUAGUCAACCUAGAUCCAGCUAAUGAUAACAUAACCUAUCAACCUGGUAUAGAUAUUCGUGAAUUAAUUCAUUUAGAGGAUGUAAUGGCAGAAUAUAAGUUAGGACCCAAUGGUGCUUUACUUUAUUGCAUAGAAUAUUUGGAGAAAAAUAUUGACUGGCUAUUAGAUAAAAUAAAGGGAGAACAUUCAACAAAUUUUAUUUUUGAUUUACCAGGUCAAGUUGAACUUUAUAGUCAUCAUGAGUCCUUGAGUAACAUUUUUACAAAGUUAACCAGUCUUGCUAACCUUCAAUUAUGUGUAGUUCACCUCAUUGAUUCUCACCACUGUUCAGAUGCUGCCAAAUUUAUAUCAGCAUUGAUGUUGUCCUUAAAUGCUAUGUUAAAAAUAGGCCUUCCACAUAUCAAUUUACUAACUAAAAUAGAUUUGCUCAAAAAACAUUCAGAUAAGUUACAGUUUGGAAUUGAUUUUUAUACAGAAGUUUUGGAUUUGAAUUAUUUACUUGAAAGUUUGGACUCAGAUAUGUUUACAAGCAAGUACAAGAAGUUAAAUGGUGCAUUAAUUUCCAUUAUUGAAGAUUACAGUUUGGUAACAUUCCAAUUGAUUAAUAUGUACCAAGAAGAAAGUUUAAUCAAGAUUAAGAAUUUAGUUGAUAAGACAAAUGGUUAUGUAUUUAAAGCAGAGGAAGGAAGACAUAUUAACAGUAUGCUAGCCUGUGCUAUGGGGGUACCAGAUAAUAGUAAUGUGUACAGUGACUUUUAGUGAUUACAAUAACAUUGUAUUGUAUCUUAUAUAAGCUCCUAAAGGUGUAACAAUGAAUUAGUUAGGGAUACUUUUAUAUUAAAGAAUCGUUUAUAAUAAAAAAUAUAUU